UCCACGUCAAACUAUAUCCGGUCUCUCUUACAGCCAGCAGCAGUCUCGCAUGUAAACACAAAAAUAAAACUAGCGAGCAUUAUUUUACUUCACUUGUCACCGCCUAAAUUUAGUCAAAUGCUUGUCAGGCGUUGCCUCAGACUGUGCUCUUUGUGUACCCGUGUAGUUUACAGCAGCGGAGUAAGAAGAGGAGGAUGGAGGACACUUGUGGGACACGCCAGUGUGAAACAUGCUAACAGGACAGACGUGCCACACUGGGGCAGAGUAAUGUUUAAACGCUUCUUUCACAGUGAUUUGGGGGAGCUGUACAAGAACGAGUCAGUUCAGGUGUAUCUCGAGCAGCUCAUGGAGGAGCACAGAGACCUGAGCAAGAAGCUACAGCAUGCAUACCUCAGUGAGUCAGACAGAAAGGGGCUCACAAAGAAGCACACUGAGUUGCUGCCUCUGGCAAGUGUGUUUAGGAGCAUUGAACAAGCUCAGAAAGACCUCGAAGAGGUCAGUUCACUUCUAAAAGGUUUAGCUGGCACCAAAGAUGAAGAUGAAGAUCUGACCCAGCUGCUAAAAGAGGAGGAAGCACAAAUCUCCAGCAAGAUUUUGGCUUUAAGAAGAGACCUAAUCAAAGCUCUUAUCCCCACUGAUCCUCUUGACUCGAGUAAUGUUCUGCUGGAGGUCGUAUCAGGGCGGACAACAGGAGGUGACAUUUGUCAGCAGUUCACCAAAGAAAUGUUUGACAUGUACCAGGGUUUUGCAUUUUACAAAAACUGGGACUUUGAGGUGUUGAACUACACACCUGCUGAGUAUGGUGGUCUGCACCAUGCAGCAGCGAGAAUAGCUGGAGAGAACGUGUACAGGCACCUGAAGCACGAAGGAGGAACCCACCGGGUUCAAAGGAUCCCUGAGGUGGGGCUCUCCUCCAGGAUGCAGCGAAUCCACACAGGAACCGUGACUGUCAUCAUCCUGCCUCAGCCAGUUGAGUUUGAAGUCCACAUCGAUCCAAAGGAUCUUCGAAUCGACACGUUCAGAUCUCGUGGUCCUGGGGGGCAAAGUGUUAACACAACAGACAGCGCAGUGCGCGUAGUUCAUCUUCCGACAGGAAUAACUGCAGAGUGUCAGCAGACUCGAUCUCAGCUGCAAAACAGAGAAACGGCCAUGCGCAUGUUGAGAGCCAGGCUCUACCAAGGCAUGAUGGGUAAAGAGACUGAACAGAGGAAUACAGCACGAAAGCAGCAGGUGGGCACACGCUCUCAGUCAGAGAGAAUUCGUACCUACAACUUCAGUCAGGAUCGUGUCACAGACCACCGCACCGGAUAUACAACGAGGGACAUCAAGGAGUUCAUGAGAGGUGGGGAGGCUCUCGAUGAUCUGAUCUCUGAUAUACUUGAACACACAGAGAAGGAGGCUCUUCUCGAGGCGGCGGAGAACAGCAGCAGUUUGAAACGAACAGAGUCUGGACCGUCUGCAGACUGAGAGCAGCUUAUGGGAGAUGUGCUUCCUGACAUAUCUGACUGCUCUGUGCCUGCAGAACACAUGUUAUUCUAUUAUUUGGGCAAUUAAUUGCAAAUGAUGCAAUGUAAGACAAACCAAAAGUAACAGAGGUUUUUAUUUUUGUAAUAAAAUGUAACUUGUG